AGAGGGGUGGAGCCUCUGAGGGCGCGCACGCGCCUUGCCUGGGACUGAAGGCGGCUGGCGUUCCAACCUGACUGCGCAACCUGCGUAUGUUGCGCCGCGUGGAGAUGCCUGUCCGCGGGGCUCGUCCCGACGAUAACUCUGUGUUGGUCUCCACCGACAACUCCACAGCACACAAGGAGGAUCUUAGCAGCAAGAUUAAAGAACAAAAAAUUGUUGUGGAUGAACUUUCUAACCUGAAGAAGAACAGGAAAGUAUAUAGGCAACAACAGAACAGCAACAUAUUCUUUCUUGCAGACAGAACAGAAAUGCUUUCUGAAAGCAAAAAUAUCUUGGAUGAACUGAAAAAAGAAUACCAAGACAUAGAAAAUUCAGAGAAAACCAAAAUCAAGAAGUAGUCACCUUGAUUUCAUAACAAUGUGUGGAAUCUGUUGUUCUGUAAGCUUUUCUGUUGAGCAUUUCAGUAA